GACUAUUUUUAUUUAAAAGUUAUAUCUAAUUAAUAUAAAAAAAAUAUCUAUAGUAAUAAAAGUCCCGGCACAUUGUAUUAUAACCCUAUUCAUACAUUUCAAGGUCUGCGUAUAUUUUAAACACAUGUACUAUAGGCGGUAUAUUAAUAUUCAAGUACGUAAUUUUUUGAAGUCGCAACACUCCUUAUAAGCAGUAUUUAACAAUCAAUUUCUACAUCAAUCACAUUAAAAAAUGUCUCAACAUCGGAUGUCUGAUGUCAUUGGUAUACUUAGAGGAGCUAAGGUAGUAGCCGAAGCUGUGAUUAAGCAUCAAGAAGAGACAGUUAAACACAUAGUAAAGACUUCAAGUUUGAAGACUACCGCAGAGAAAUGCCUGACAGAUAAUUUAAAAACAUUGAAUAAUAUAAAACUAAGUAAGGUUCCUGUUCAAAUAACAAAAGAAUUUAAAGAAGUGACGGAACGAAUAAAUGUUGUUGAAAAGGGUAUAAUAGAAUUUUUGAAAUUAAAAAGUAAAGAAGUGGCAGGAAUGCCAGCUGAUCCAGAUAAACCUAUAAAAUCUACCAAAACUAAAUUACAUGUUUAUAAUCCUGCUAAAGAUCCAAAAGAAAUAAUAAUAGAGAUGGAUAUCCCAAACGUAAAACCUGAUAACGAAAAUGAUAUACAAAGUAAACAGGAUAAACCAUUAAAAAAGUACUCAACUGUGAAAGAAAAAAUUGAAACAAUUUCCAAACUAGAACAUGAAAUACCUAAGAUUGAACUUUCUGAGAAAGAUAAAGCAAUUUUGAAGAAAUUGGAAUUAGAGCAUGAAAAAAACAUAAAGAGUCAGAACAUGAAACAAGAUGUAUCAAAUACACUAAAAACUGAUUUUGAGAUAUUAGAAAACAAGGCAACAGAAAAUAUGAAAGUAGCUUUAGAAACCUCUCAAGUUAAACCAAAACCAUCUGUUAGACCAAAGCAAACUCUUUCACCUAGUGCAAAAGCACAAAAAGUUCCAUCUACCAGAUUACAAAGAAUGAUAAGCUUUGGAACAUUAGGAGUGGGUCUUGGUGUUGGUACAGUUGCAGAAUAUACACGCAGAACACUUGGACUAAAAAAACAAAGUCUUGGAGACACAUUUGAUAGCCUGUUUCUUACUAAAGCAAAUGCAGAAAGAAUAGUUUCUACAUUAUGUAAAGUGAGAGGUGCAGCUUUAAAAAUUGGACAAAUUUUAAGUAUACAAGAUGAAACCAUUAUAAAUCCUGAACUACAAAAAGUAUUUGAACGAGUUAGACAAAGUGCUGACUUCAUGCCAAAGUGGCAAGUUGAGAAGGUAUUAGCCACUGAACUUGGACAUGACUGGAAAAAUAAAUUAGCAACCUUUGAAGAUAGACCAUUUGCUGCAGCUUCCAUUGGCCAGGUACAUCAUGGUACCUUGUUAAAUGGACAAGAUGUUGCAAUUAAAAUUCAAUAUCCUGGUGUAGCUAUGGGUAUUCAAAGUGAUGUUGAGAAUUUAGUAGGCAUAAUGAAGGUUUGGAACAUUUUCCCAAAAGGUAUGUUCAUAGAUAAUUUAGUGGAAGUUGCAAAACGUGAACUUGCAUGGGAAGUGGAUUAUGUAAGAGAAGCAGAAUGUACAAGAAGAUAUAAACAACUUAUAGAACCUUAUUUAGAUUAUUAUGUUCCAGCUGUAGUAGAUGAACUAUCAACGAGUCAAAUUUUUACAACUGAAAUGGUAGAAGGAAUUCCAGUAGAUAAAUGUACAAGUAUGAAUAUGGAAACAAGAGAACAUAUCUGCAAAUUAAUAAUGAGUUUGUGCCUUAAAGAAUUGUUUGUUUUUCGAUACAUGCAAACUGAUCCAAAUUGGUCCAAUUUCUUUUAUAACCCCAAUACAAGACAAUUAAUAUUGUUAGAUUUUGGUGCAUGUCGAGGAUAUGAGAAAUCAUUUAUGGAUAAAUACAUUGAAAUAAUCUAUGCUGCAAGUGAAGGCGAUCGUAAUAAAAUUUUAAAUUUAUCUAGAGAAAUGGGAUUCCUUACAGGAUACGAAUCUAAACUUAUGGAAGAAGCUCACGUAGAUGCAGUAAUGGUCUUGGGUCAAGUAUUUGAUAAAAAUUCUAAAUAUUAUGACUUUGGUGGACAAGAUGUAACUAAACGGAUUCAAUCAUUAGUCCCAACAAUAUUGGAUCAUAGGCUUUGUCCUCCACCUGAAGAAAUAUAUAGUCUACAUAGAAAAUUAUCAGGAGUUUUCUUAUUGUGUGCCAAGCUUCAAGUUAAAAUAAAUUGUCGCGAUAUGUUUCGCGAGGUUUAUGCAAAUUAUGAAUUUGAAUAAUAAUGCUAUAUAAAUUAAUGCUUUAUACCUUAAACAUGUAUAGUUAAAUCAAUAUAAACAUUUUUACAAUCAA